GAGUGAGUGAGAGUGGGUGAGUGGAGAAGGGAGGGCUCAGGCAGAAACAAGCAAAGUAAUUCUCACCAAAGCACAGACGGUUGUGCUACAGCAGGAGCUGCACUUGCUCUCUGACACACUUUCUGUUUUUGGAUAGUUUUGCUGCAAACGCACCCACACUUCUUCAGAGGUAACAACUUCAGGUGAAUGCUGUCAUGCCAUUUGGGUGCCUUGCUCUGCGAGAUGGGCGGACUUACAAUAGUAUAUCUGAUGUGACGGACAAAUAUGAGAUCGGUCAGGUCCUUAGAGCGAAGGAGUUCUGUGAGCUGUGCCUGGCUAAAGACAGACAAACAGACAAAGUGUUUGUCUGUAAGAAAUUUCUUAAGAAAGACGGCAGGAAAGUCCGCAAGGCCGCCAAGAACGAGAUCAUGAUUCUGAAACUGGUCAACCACCCAAACAUCCUUCAGCUUAUUGAUACAUUUGAAACUCGGAAAGAAUACUUCAUCAUCCAAGAACUUGCCACAGGGGGAGAUGUAUUUGACUGGAUUCAGGACCAAGGGAAUUACACAGAAAAAGAUGCCUCUAGUGUCAUUAGACAGGUCCUGGAGGCAGUGGCGUAUUUGCACUCUCUCAACAUAGUCCACAGAAACCUCAAGCUGGAAAAUCUAAUGUACUACACUGAGAACAAUCACAACAAAGUAGUUCUGCGAGAUUUCUACCUCUCCAGAUUUGAGAAUGGGUCCAUCACAGAACCCUGUGGAACUCCAGAAUACCUGGCACCUGAAGUAGUGGCUCGCCAUCGGUAUGGACGACCAGUGGACUGCUGGGCUGUGGGUGUCAUUAUGUUCAUACUCUUAUCUGGUAACCCGCCUUUUUAUGAUGAAACAGAAGAGGAGAAUACAGAUCUACAUAAUCGCAUCAUUUUCUGUCGCAUUGUUGCUGGUGACUUCGAGUUUGAUUCUCCAUACUGGGAUGACAUAUCCCCUGCAGCUAAGGAGCUUGUCUGUCGACUCAUGGAGGUGGACCAGAUGCUGAGAAUCACAGCACAAGAUGCGCUUUGGCAUGAAUGGAUUGCAGGAAAUGGUGCAUCAGAAAAGAACCUGAAGGAUGGCGUCUGUGCCCAAUUUGAGAAGAACUUUGCAAAGGCCAAAUGGCGGAAAGCGAUCCGCGUCACCACCUUCAUGCAGCGACUGAAGAACUCUGAGUCAGUUAUUGACAGUUCAGCUGAGGUAAAGAGUGAGGAAGCAGGGGAAGUUGAGGAGGGGGCAACCCAGGUGGCAAGCAAUAACGGAGGUAGAAGGGUCGCUGACGGAGGAGGGGUGACUUCCAGUGGUGUGUCCUUAGAGAUAAUGGUUGAAAAUAGACCAGCAGGUGUGGACCAAGACGUGGAAAAACAGGAGGCAAAUGUGAUUCUUGAACCCUCAUCUCCACCUGGCGAAAAGCUUGGCACAAAGAAAGCACCAGUUAAUGAAAAAAGGAAAACAGAUGAUCAAAAUAAAGAAUCCAAAAUAACCCCUGAAUGCACUAAGCUAAUAGACAGUAGUUCAGUUCUACAUCUUGACAGGAAACAGACAAGCGCCUCACCUGAUCCCAACAGCAAGCGUAAGAUGGCUGCAACAAUCCAUAGUCCUCCCACAGCUGCUGGUAGUGGCACACAGAAAGAUGAGAGUGAUGGAAGCUGGUGUCAGACUCAACUACCUGAGGCAGUUGCAGAAAGUUCCGUGGGAGAAGCAGUCACACCGGCAAUUGCACCGGGACCAGGGGUAGAUGCAAGUCUCUGUGUUAAUUUAAGGGGUGAAGCUAGUCCUGUGUUGAGAAAGAAUAGGGAUGCCCGGAAAAUAGACAGAUAUAGUGCUGAGUUUAAUAUCGCCAGGGCAAGUCCUCCAAUAGGUCAGGCUUGCUAUGCAAUUGGUAGCUCUGCUAGUUUGGGCCGUCACACCACCCCAUACAGCACAGACAUUGGGACGGUAGGCAUGGGGAUGGCAGGGCCCUAUGGGAGUCCUUAUAGUACUCUCUACACACGGGGACGAGGGGUAGGGAUGUAUGGGACUGGGCUGCAUCAUGGAGCAGUUGGAAGCAGUGUGACAAGCGACUGGCAAAUGGACAGUGUGAUCGAGCAGAUAGAAAAGCAAAUGGUGGCAGUGCUGGAGAAAAUAGAGGGAGAUAUGCCCUCAUUGCUGGAGCAAAUCAGUGACUGCCCCUCUGAACCACUACGCAUCAGGAGUACGCACGCCUCACCCGCCACCUCUCGUGCACGCACAUCACAACACCCAACUGAAACAUCGGGCACCCCGCCACCUCUUCCCACGUCUCCCAGGCCUGCACUGCCAUCGCUCCCUCGUCUUACUAUUCCACCUCCUUCCUAUCCUCCACCUUCCCCUCCUCAGGCUUCAGUCCAGGCUACAGAAGAGCAGCUGGAGAAGGGUGGACAGAGAGGUGCAGACUAUUGUGGCCAUUCCUCUGGAACUGGAAUGGGCAGAGGGUUAUAAAACAGGUGAGAAAAGUAUGAUACAAAACAAAAUUUGGGGAAAAAAAUCAUCUUGAUCUUUUGUUGAAGGUCUUGAUAUUUUCACCCAGACAACACAGCCACCUCAUCCCCCACGGAGAUGUUGUAUUGUGUGGUAUGAUAGCAUGGUCACAGUAAGAUGACCAGUACCCAAAUACUCAUCUUAUAAAGAAGAAUAGGUAAUCCAUAUAUUUGUAUGACAUCUGUAAAGAGCAUGAUCUCACUCCACUAGUCUCUCAACACUAAAAUCCACUUUAUGUUGUCAAAAAGUGCAGCACAGGGGGAAAUGGAAUAUGAGUAACUGAUAAGGUACUAUUUUAAUUUAAUUGUCUCCUGCAAAUUGUAAAUGCAAGUACUGUAAACAGGUUCCUAAUUCUUGUUCUGCUAUAUGUUGUAAACUUCCUCAUGUUCACACAUUUUUUGUAAUCAAGCACUUCCAUUUGUACUUAUGUUUAUUUUAUUGUAGAUUUUCAUUCUAGGCUGAAGUUGAGAUGCAGCAAACUGGACUGAUCCAAACUUAUAUUUGUUUAAUGUGAACAUGUCUAUACCCUAAUCCAAUAGUCUUGCACAUAUAUUUUGUUGAAAGGAAGAGCUAAACGUAUUACUUUUAGUAUCACAAGUGUAAAAAAAACAAUGCAUUACAUUUUUUAUCAUGAUUUUGGAUCAAUGUGGCCGAUUUACCCCUGAUAAAGUUAUCCACUAUUUCCCCCCCUAUGUAAACUAUACUGUCUGUUGGUCUUUCAAUAAAGUCAGAAAUUGU